UUUAAUACUGUUGUUGACUGGAUUCAUUACUAGAAAUAAAAGCAGAUAAAAGGGACAAAGUUCUUCUUUUAUUCGUAAUUAAUAAAGACUGAAGAACAGCGUCCUUGUACCGCGAUACUGGAUAAUUUUAUAUACAUGUUAGUCUUAAACAUUGUUUUACCCGAAGCACACUUACUUGACGUUUUAUUCGGUCACGUAACUGUAAAUAUUAACAAAAUUUAAACUCUUAUUUUACCGUAAUUUAACCGCACUAGUCAUCAAUUUCUUCUGCUUUUCAAUUCAACUAUUUCCCCCGUGUUUUAACACUCUUUUUUACCUUUCGAUUAAGUGAUUAUUUGUAUUAAAAAUGAUUAAAACGCAAUGGAUAAUGACGACUGUACUCCUGUAUAGCUUUUUGGGGCUGUUUCUCGGCGCUUCAAUAUCAGCCGGUAUAUUCAUAUUCCAAGUCGCUGUUGUCCCUUUGAUAUUUAAAUAUUCGAAAACAUUCCGAAGAAGUCUGAUUUUUGCUAAUUUCGUACAAUGGCCUUUAAGUAUAGACUACGAGAAUCCAUCCUCCACUGGUUUAGAAGGAGCCAGAAACUUUAAUAUUGAAUAUCAUUCCAAAAUUGACAGAUAUCCAGUCAGAAUUGGUAUUUGGCAUAUACUACCAAAGAGUACGUAUGAACGUAUGAAAGGUAGUUUUGAAGGGAAUUGUGAUAAAGAACAAUUAAAUAUUAAAAUGGAUGACGAAUUAGUUAAUUCUAAGACACCUGUCAUAUUAUAUUGUCAUGGUAACGCUAAUUCUCGUGCCGCGUGGCACAGGAUUCAGUUGUAUAAAUUUUUCCAACAAAUGGACUUCCACACUAUAGCUUUCGACUACAGAGGCUACGGAGACUCAACAAACCUGACACCAAGUGAAGGCGGUGUUGUUGAAGACUCACUCAUUGUGUACGACUGGUUGAAUACUAUGUUAGAUAAAGGCGCGGAAAAACCUCCAUUAUUUGUAUGGGGACAUUCUUUAGGUACUGGAAUAUCAUCUCAUCUUCUCGGCAACCUGAAGGAGUUGUCCUUUGAGAUUCUAGAACGUUCUAGUCCUUUACCUCAACCGAAAGGACUCAUUCUGGAAUCUCCAUUCAAUAAUAUUGCUGAUGAAGUCGCGAAUUAUCCACUUGCAAAGUUAGUGAUAUGGUUGCCGUACUUUGAGAGUGCAUUUGUGGAUCCGUUCCGAGCGAAUUGUUGUGAGCACGCUUUCGUAUCUGACGUGCAUUUGACACGAGUGCGCUCUCUGCCAAUCCUCUUGUUGCACGCGAAGGAUGACAUUGUGGUGCCAUACGUCGUCGGCAAGAAGUUAUACAAAUCUAUAUUAGAAUCUCGUACUGAAGGCGAUGCUGUUGUAAAACUACACGCUUACGACAGCAAACACAAUUUGGGACACAAAUGGAUCUGUAACGCACCAGAUCUGCCCGAUGUUGUGAGAAACUUCGUGAAGGCACAUCAAUGAUUGUGGGACUGAAAUUUACUCUUACAUUAAAAUGGUUUUUUACAUUUCACGUGGCAACAGAGAUGUUACACUUUUUAUAA